AUGUCAGCCAUUUGCUUCGUGUGUAACCUGCCCAUCCUGAGCCACCAGGUGGGUCUGGUGUGGGAGGGAGGCAAUGGCUACGACGAGCUGGCGAGCGAGAGUUCGUCCCCGCGGCCCCGCGUGGGUCGUAGGGACUCCUCCGCCCAGAUCACCACCAUCGAGCCCCCGAGGGAGGUGCGGGAGACCUCCCCUCCCACGUCCCGCAGGCGGCGGUCUUCCCUGGCGCAGCUCACCGACCUUCUUCGCGACUGGGGCCGCCGGGAGCCGGCUGAGCAGCGUUCCACCAGCACCUGCACGUCGACCACCAGCACCCCCGUGGGGCCUCUCACACGCCGGGAGAGUCGCGACCUCAGCCGGCGGGAGUCCCUCGCUGACAUCGCCAAGUCCUUGCCGUGGCGUCGCAAGGACUCGAUCGUGGAGGUGCCGCGCAUCAAGACACGCCGCGAGUCCUCUGCGGAGAUGAAGAAGCGAAGGCAGAGCGGCACGGACAUCCGCACCGACAUCGUCAAGUUCCUGGCCCGGAGGGAGAGCGUCGCGGAGAUCCUGCGGCGGCGGAGGGAUUCUCUAGAGCACGAGAAGAAGGAGAGGCGCGACUCCACCACGCAGGUGUACACGCGGACCAGCCGCAACAGCGUGGACAAGACGGCGUCUCCGGACCGGCCGGAGAUCCAGUCCCCGCGCAUAAUCUCCUCCCCCGAGCCCCGCGACCUCGUGCCCAGACCCAUCGUCACCACGCAGGUGUCCGGCGAGUCGCACGUGUCGCAGAACUCGCUCUCCUCACAGAUGUCGACGGGCGGCAAGGACCAGGGGGAGCCGGGCAUCUCGGAGCCCAAGUCUCCUGUGUCUUCCCCCGCGCCCUCGUCCCCCACCACCGCCAUCAGGAGGGACUCCACCACGCAGAUCUACCGCGGGAGGAGGGACUCGCGGCCCCAGGUGUCGCCGGAGCGAGGCGGGGGGAGAGGGAGUCGCGAGCCGUCGCCGAAGUUCCGCGGCCUCAGACGGCAGUCUACCGCCAUCGAGGAGGGCCUGCCCCUCCCGGGCUCCCGUCGGGGCUCGCGGCCCUUCCUCUCCCCCGACGGCCCGGAAACCGACGGCAUGUCCAGGAAGUGUCGCCGGGACUCGCUCUCGCCGGACUCCGCCGCGGUGGAGGAGCUGUCCCUGGGCAGGAAGGGCCGGCGCGACUCGCGGCCACACCUCUCCCCUGAGGCUAGCGAUUCGAACUCCCGCGAGACGUCGCCGAGGAGCAGGCUGAGGCGGCAGUCGACGACGGCGGCGGAGUACUGCGGGCGGGGCCGGCGGCCCUCGCGGUCGCCGCGCUCGCCCGACUCCUCCUCGACGUGCUCCUCCAGGGAGCACUCGCCGAAGGAGAUCGGGCUGCGGCGUCAGUCCACCACGGAGGAGAUCCUGCUCUCGCGGGGCUUCCGGCGCCAGUCGACUACCGAGGACAUCAUGCGGGCCAGGAACUUCCGGCGCCAAAGCACGCAGAGCGAAGAGAUGUCCAAGUCGCGGGGACGGAGGGACUCGAGUGCGCAGAUCACGGACGGGACGCUGGCCACCAUGACCGUCGAGACCUCGUGCGCCUUCUUCGACACGUCCACGCAGACAGAAGGCUCGCUCUACGACAACAACAACUACCACGAGGAAUGCCUUCGGUGCAACUCCUGCGGCCUCAACCUGACGGGGCCGAACCAGACUCGGGCUCGACGCUACAAGAAUCAGUUCCUGUGCGACCUCCACUUCGCCGACGUCGCCCUCAUGGAGACCUCGGACUUCCUGCAGCAGCUCAGGUCCUUCAAGCCGCAGAGUCUCGGGUGCGCCGUCGCCAGGAGGAAGUCGUCGACUACGCUGAUUUUCCCGCUUCCUCCCCAGGCGUGCGCAGACGAGUUCUGCGCGGGCUACCCCCACCAGCUGAUCCCGACGCCCGGCUACUGGAUCGAGUGCGCCGGCCAGAACGUUCCCGACGACACCAUCUGGGACGAGUCGGAGCCCGAGCUGGAGGACGGGUCCCCCCAGAGCGACCACCCCGACAAGGCCGACCAGAACAUCCAGGUCAGGAGACCGAGCUACUUCUCGCAGGUGUGUCCGGGCGGCCAGGUGCCGGUCAUCAACGAGCCGUCGCGCCAGAAGACGUGCAUCCAGGAGCAGUACGAGCGCACCGGCCAGUUCGAGCUCACCAGCAUCGAGCAGGAGACUUACGAGAAGUACUUUUACGGCACGGAGCACUGGAAUUACUUCACGCAGGACGAGGACCUUGGACCUGUGAUCCUCUCACUCAAGCAGGAGACCUCCAACGGCCGAGAUCAAUUCAGGAUCAUGGUGCGAGGGAUCUCCUACACGGUACACGGACUCGUCCCUGCUUCCUGUGUCUUCGCCGACCGCUACAACCGCGAGGAGGUCGUCAGGUCCUUCGGCCGGGAAAUUAACCUGAACCCGCCGCUGGUCCUCGGCCAGCUGCCGGACAUCCCGGAAGAACUGCUCAAGCUGGACCAGGUGUUUAUCAAGAGCGAGCUGAAGGUAGGCGUGGUUUACGUCAGAGACAACCAGUUUACCGAAGAAGAGAUCUUGGACAACAACGAAACGUCUCCGCUGUUUGAGGAGUUCCUUCAGAUCUUGGGAGAUAAAGUCAGGUUAAAAGGCUUCGACAAGUAUAAGGGCGGCCUGGACACAGUUCACGACCUGACCGGGCUGUACAGCGUGUACGCCCUCUGGAGGAACAUCGAGAUCAUGUUCCACGUCUCCACGCUGCUGCCCUACGAGAAGCACGACCCGCAGAAGCUCCAGCGGAAGCGCCACAUCGGAAACGACAUCGUCUGUGUCGUGUUCCUGGAGGCGGAUAACACGCCCUUCUCGCCCGCCUGCAUCAAGUCCCACUUCCUGCACACCUUCAUCGUGGUCAGGACGAGUCCCAGGAUCAAGUUCAAACCCACGCGAUAUGAGGUGGCCGUUGUCUCGCGGGACGAGGUGGGCGCCUACAAGCCAUACCUGUGGGAGCAGAGCUGCUUCGAGAAGGGCCCCAUGUUCCGCGAGUGGCUCCUCACCAAGAUCGUGAACGGCGAGAGGGCGUCCUACUCCGCCCCGAAGUUCGCGCGAAUGCAGGACCGCACCAGGUCGCAGAUGCUCGAGGACCUGGUGAAUAACCUGCAGAACCACGCCGAGACGGGACAGAUCCCCAAACCAUACAGACGCGGUUCUUUCCAAUUGGUUGGUUUGCCCGUGGUCUGCACAGUGUUCCAGGAGAUGCUGUAUGGGUUCAGCACCGGGUUCGGGUCACCGCAGGUCUCGGUAGCCGACAUCCUGGCCCGCGCCGUCCCCACGCUGCACUCACCUUCUCACAAGCCAAAGAGCUCAAACUUUCUGCAGGUCCCAGAUAUCGAGACGCCCCGCCCCAAGAGCGUGCCCAACUCCCCGAUAGUGAUGCGGGCGUUCUCUCGCCUGGGCACCCUCACCUCCGGCUGGGGGAGGUCGUCCAAGAAACACGACCGCCUCUCCGUCGAAGACAAGAAGAAGUGGGCCUCGUCGCAGGACUGCUCAGGAAAAGAAGGCAAGGAGAAACAAGCGGACAAGAACGCGCUGUCCGUGCCCCGGUUAAGUGUGUGUGCGGACGGCGGGAAGGUAGACCGUGCCCGGUUAUGUCAGACGGAGUUCACGAUCAUAGAGUUCGAACACGACACCUUGAGGAUCCUGCUUGACUACCUGCACACCGGCUCCUGCCCUCUGACCUGCACCUCCAUCCCGGGCCUCAUCUGCGCCGCGGAACACUACGACCUUCCCGAACUCCUGCAGGCUUGCUUCCACCACGCCAAGCAGUUCCUUCGGAUAGAAGUGGUAUGUAACAUGCUGAGCAGCCUUGAGAACUAUUACUGGCGAUACACAUCCGCGUCGGAGUUGGUCAACAUGAUCCUUGCUUUCGUCGAGACCAGGGCGGUGCAGGUGUUCGAAAGUCCGGACUUCCUUCAGCUGUCGGAGUCGAUGGUCAACAUGAUGAUGGCGCGAAACCUCGAAGUCGCCGAGAUCACGAAAUUCGAGGCGAUGCUCACGUGGGCCAAGAACCGAGUGAGAGUGAAGGGCGCCUCAAAAGUGGACUCCCGCGUCGAGUUCCGCUGCAUCAUGGAAAGGCUGACGAGGGAGCUCAAACUGUAUAGGAUUUCUCCGCAGGAUCUCAUCAAGAUCGUGCUGCCGAGCAAGGCCAUCAAGAACGAGCGCAUCCUCGAGACGCUCAUGUUCCAGGCCAACUCGGGAAUGUACCGCAUCAAUGAUUCCUACCUGGAGGCGUGCCAGCAGAGACUCCAGAAGCAGGAUUCCAAGUUCAGCGAGUGGGAAUCGUUCGACUACGGCCUAUAGCACCAACCGGACGGCCUCUCCAUCUCGACGCGCAGGACCUCGCCAGGACGCUAGUGGGAUGCUG